AUGACCAAGCGUUCUAAUGAUAGCAUCCAAGAAAGCACUACCACAACAGCAGAGCGCCAUCCCCAGGGACCUAGCAUCCCACGCCGCAGCUGGUUAUAUUCGACUCUGCCACCCUUCAAAUACGGUCCGCGGAUACGGUCAGACCAGAUCCGACUACUCAAGCUCGCGCUCGGCUCACCAGGAUCUGCCAUCUCAUUCGACCUCAUCGUCAGAGAUCGCGGAAGCAGCAAAUACCAUGCUCUCUCCUACGCCUGGGGCAUACCCAUCCGCAACCGAGAGACGAAGUGCAAUGGCCAAAGACUAAUGAUCCCGUCCCGGCUGGACAACGCUCUCUCUUCGCUGCGGGAGAAGUAUGCCGACGAGUACCUAUGGGCAGACGCUGUGUGUAUCAACCAGAACGACGACGAAGAGAAGAGCGUGCAGGUGCGGAGGAUGGCUUCGACUUACUCCGAUGCUGAGUCAGUCGUUGUCUGGUUGGGAGAGGAGUUGUACGAUACGGCUCUUGGACUGAGGCUGUUGGAGAAGCUUUGUGCAGCACAUCCGUCUGCCAAUGGCGACGACAUUCGUAAUCUUUACUUGGACGAGACAUCGUAUCUGUUCCCUGAUGGUCCCGAGCAAGUCAGUCAGUUGGAAGAAUUUGGCGUUCCAUCAGACUUGAGCUCGGAUCCAUGGCGAGCAGCGUCCUUCAUCUUCAGCGAGACGUGGUUCGGCCGGCGGUGGAUCCUCCAGGAAGUCACGAAUGCGAGACACUGUGUCUUCCGCGUUGGAUCUCACGAGACUUCUCCCGAUAUCAUAUUGGGCGGUGCCUACCGCAUCGUGAGGUUCGUCAACUACCGACAAGCACUCGAUGAUCUGCAAAGGAGGCACUGUGAUCUCGCCGUCUCCAUUGUACAGCUGAUGCGUGCUGAGCAGGAACCGUGGCUGCACGAAUCGCUGGCUGAUAUCUUGCUCGAGACGUCCUUCUUCAAGUCAUCUGACGCGCGCGAUAGAAUCUUCGCCGUGGUUGUAUGUCUGAAGGGUUUCACAGAUCCAGCGUUCUGGAAGACACCUAGGAAGCAGCUCACCAAUGCUCAGUGGGAAGUUUCCGAGUCCACCUCAAGCCCAAGCGAGAUGCUGCAGAAAGUAGACGACCUUGUGGAUUACAAAAAGAGCCUGCGAGACGUUCUCAUCGAGGUGGCACUCUGCGAGCAAGGGACAGAUGAGUUCCCGCCGUCCAUGGUCCGGAACAUGUGCUAUGUCGACGUCCAAGGACCGCUUGCUGGCGACGCCCCUUCCUGGGUGCCCACAUGGCAGUUCUCGAGCCCACUCUGGGCGUCUCUGUAUAUGGAGACAGAAGAUCCGCUCAACGAUGGGAUGUACGAUAUCGAACAGAUGGAAAUGACCGUUUCCCGCGACAAGACUAUCCUUCAUACAAAAGCGAUAAUUUUCGACAAGAUCGAAGAGAUUUCCGAGCCCACUCCAGAAGGUGACGGAUUGUCAUUCACUUACUACAACACCGACAAGCGUACAGAGGCAGCAGCGGUCGAAGACCGGCGUGUCGAGUCAAGAUGGCUGGUAAAGUGCCGGCACAUGGUAGAAGAGCGCGCAGAAGAGGUUCCAGGCGAAGCAGAAGAAAGCCACUUCAGGACCUUUCUCGAUUGCUACCGCUUCGGAGCCGAAUUUGAAGAAGACCUGAACCCGGUCGCUGCAUACGAGGCAUAUCUGCGACACUGCGCUAUGAUCCGAGCGAGUGGUCACCCGAGCUACCAAUCAUCUAGAAGGUUUUACGACCAGCUGGAGGCUGUCACGUCGUACCGCAAUAGAUGCUGGGAGAUGGACAUUUCGCCUGAACAGCCGGGACUGCAGACAGAUGAGAAUUCGACCGCACUUGAGGACGCUACGGAGCUGGCGGGUGUGGCUACUGCGUGGGAGAACAAUGAACAGGACCAGCGGUAUGGUCGACGCUUUUUCACGAGCGAAAAUGGAAGGAUGGGGUGGGUUCCGAUGGCGGCGAAACGCGGUGAUGAGCUCUGUGUGGUCUUUGGAUUUGCGAUUCCGUUCGCCGUUCGUAAGGUUGAUGCUGGAGACGGAGACAGGUAUAGACUGCUGGGAGCAAGCUAUGUGCACCAGGCAAUGGAUGGCGAGAUAUUCUUAGAUGAUCGAUUGGAGAGGAGGACGAUUCAAUUUGUCUGA